UUGAUUAAUUAUUUGAAAAUAUAUUUGAAGUACAAAAAUGGUGUCCAAAGCUGUGAUCAACUCAAUUCUUGUGCUGAGGAUUGUUACACUUGCAGCCUCAAUAGCAACUAUUGUCUUGCUUGUUACUAACAUUGCUAAAUUUGAUGAUGGUACCAAGAUGAAAUUUCAAGAUAUCAUUUCAUACAGGUAUGUGUUAGCUGUUGCAGCAAUUGGUGGUGCAUAUUGCAUAGUGCAGUUACCAUUUUCCAUAUACUAUGCUGUACAGCAGAAGAGGUUGUUACGCAAUGGAUUCUUGCCAGAAUUUGACUUCUAUGGAGACAAGAUAACAAGUUGGCUUCUAGCCACAGGAAUUGGUGCUGGCUUUGCAGUUUCUAUAGAAUUCAAAAGGUUCUUUGACCAAAUAUUUGACCUCUCAGGAGUUUCAAAGCAUGACCCAACAAGAAGCACAAACAACAAAUUUUAUGUUCGUGGAAUCAUUGCUUCUAGUGUUCUUUCCGUGGCAUUUAUUUCCAUGGUUUUGGUUUCAGUCAUUUCUUCCUUAAAUCGAAACAAAAACAAAAGCAUAUUUGGGUGAUUGAUACAAAUAAAUUCUUCAUAACGUACUUGUUAGCAUUUUCUUAAUUAAGAAAUAUAUUUUCUCAACAACAAAUUAUUUGAUUAAUUGAUGUUGGUUCCAUCUAGAAUAACUUAUAUGUUUUUAUUUGAUUUUUGCAAAUUUGAAUUGUGAUAAAAAAAUUAGGGAUCACUUGCUUUGACUUUUAAGAUGAUCCUUUCUUUUC